UUGCUUUUUUUCUUGAGAGCCGUGAUCUUAUCAACAGAGCCAGCUGAUAAUCAAUUAGUUUUCUAUACUCACACUAACAGUUAAUAAUUCAAUAUCAUACAAUUAAAUUUUUCAAUAUGUUUAAAAGAAUUUUGUCAACAUCCUAUACCUUAAGGAACCAAUCUUGCCUUUAUUUUGGUAGAUCAAUUUCUACAAGUAAACAACUGGACGCCAUGAAGGUUGAAAAUAUGUUGAUUAUUGGAAGUGGCCUAAUGGGAUCAGGAAUUGCUCAAGCCUCAGCUCAAAGUGGACCUCAUUUCAAUUCAAUCGUUAUUCAGGAUGUUAACCAAGGUGCUCUUGAUAAAGCUGCUGCUAGGAUCAAAUCUAAUUUGGAAAAGAUGAAGUCUAAAAAUUCAUCCAUAAAUGUCGAUGAAAUUAUGGGACGGAUAACAUUUUCAACAAAUAUCCAGCCAAAGUCAACUGAUAAUCUUUUGGUUAUUGAAGCUAUCACGGAAGUAUUGGAUGUCAAGCAAAAUUUGUUCAAAAAUCUAAGUGAACAAUUCAAGGAUUGUCCAAAUGUCAUUUUAGCUACAAACACUUCAUCAUUGCCUUGCAAGGAUAUUGGUAUCCAUGUUACUAACCAUUCACGUUAUGCUGGUCUCCAUUUCUUCAAUCCAGUUCCUUUGAUGAAGCUUGUUGAAGUAGUCAAGCUAGAUAACACGUCCGAUGAUACUUAUGAUUCUCUUGUUGAUUAUGUUAAAUCAAUUGGUAAAGUAUCUGUGAAAUGUAAAGAUACACCAGGAUUCAUUGUAAAUCGUCUACUUUUGCCAUAUAUGUCUGAAGCUAUUCAAAUGCUUGAGAGAGGAGAUGCUACAGUUCGUGAUAUUGAUACUGCCAUGAAAUUGGGUGCUGGUUACCCUAUGGGACCCUUUGAAUUAAUGGAUUAUGUUGGAUUGGAUACUGUGCAAUUAAUUAAUGAAGCUUGGAUGAAACGAGAUCCUGACCUCAUCAAGCCAUCGAAAAUUCUUAAAGAAAUGGUCGAUUCUGGUCGCUUCGGAAAAAAAUCUGGAAAAGGUUUCUACGAAUACAAAUGAAUUAUCUGUUGGCAUUUACAAUUCUUUACUACUUUUUUCAAGUGGCCAAAAUUAGGCGAAUAUCUUUCCUCUAAAAAAUUUUUUACAAGAUAUAUUAUAUAAUUUUCUUGGUUUUUAUUUUAAUUGAUAUGGCUAAAUAAAAGUUAUUUUAAAUAAAAAUUGAGUAGUCAAAUUAA